GUUCGAUAAGUCCUUUUAUCGACUCCCUCUCGUCAUAAGAAGGCUGUACCAGGGCUCGCGGCUUAUUGAAGGCGUUAUCACAUGCAAUAUACUAACGUAAGACAGUCUCACCUACGGACACCAUCCGAGCGAAUGCGGAAAGGCUGGAGCCUGGAUUUUCCUUCUUGCUUCACGGAACAGAACUUUCCUUCGAAAACUGGAGACAGUCCACCAACUAAGUUUUUCAAGGCAUAUAUUUGCAUCGGAACGGCACUGACAGACGCCGCCGACGUGGAUCGACGCCGCCAAUCUCGGAGACGUGACACUUCGCCGCUCGGACUUGCGUCGCGGGACCGUCGACCAUGUCUGCCCACGGGUUUCCGUGGACCCUCUUACUCUUCCUGGCUGUCGUUGGAGAGGUGGCCAUUACCAGGUACGGCGUGGAUGCACUCAUCGAAGCUCAGGACAUCGUCUUCACGAACCUGACGGAUAAGGCGGUGUACAACAAACGGGUCCGGCCCGCCUACUCCACCAACCUACCAGUGGUCGUCAACACCAGCAUCGUGUUGUACAGCAUGGCGUCUACGAAUGACUUACAUACGGAGUACACGGCACAGAUGCGUCUGCGGCAGACCUGGUUCGACCAGCGGCUGCGGUACGACGCGGCCUUCCUGCACCCGGAAGCCAAGAUCCAGGGCGACCACUGGCACGCCGAGCGGAUCUGGCUGCCCAGCGUCCAGGUGACCAACAUGCGCAACUUCGACUCGGUGACGGGCAUCACGCCGGCCUCCGUCCUCAUCGUCAUCCUGGCAGACGGACAGGUGCACGUCAACAGGAGGUUGCACCUUAAGCUCAAGUGCGAAAUGGAAUUCCACAAGUAUCCCCUAGACAAGCAGAAAUGCAGCCUCAAGAUUGAAAGCAGCAUGCUGUCCACCAAGAACAUGCUGCUCCAGUGGGAAAAGGAGCAGCCCCUGCAAUUCAGCAACACGUUCGACAUCAAAGGCUUCCAGAUGGUGGACUUCAACUGCAGCAGCGGGGUCGAAGACUACGACCACACCGGCAACUUCUCAAUGAUCAUGUGCGAGUUCAACCUGAAGCGGGACUUCGGACCCUUCCUGCUGGAGAUCUACAUCCCGGGCAUCACGUUCGUCAUCACGUCAUGGUUCUCGCUGUGGAUAGACAUCCCGGCCGCCCCGGCCAGGGUCACCCUGGCCAUGACCACCUUCCUCACCCUCGUCACCGGAGGAAAGUCCAUCCGCGAGAAGCUGCCCAAGGUUCCCUACGUCCACGCUCUCGAUGUCUGGUACCUCGCCUGCACCGCUUUCGUGUUCUUCAUCCUGCUGGAAUACGCGAUGGUGAACUACAUUUACCACAAGGACAACAGGCGACGCCAGGGCGGCAUCCGACGGAUCGACAGCCAGGCGUCCAUGGGCUCCUCCGCAAACAGCCUGAAGAACAGCAGCUCCUACCUCAACAUACUUGCGGCACUCGAGCAGGGCCAGACCAGCACGCCGUCGAGCCCGACCCACAAGAGCCAGUGCACGGUGCAGAUCAGCAAGUACAAGAAGAACCACAAGCUGACGCCCGUGUUCAAGAUCUCCGACCUCGAGGCCCACACGCUGUCCGACCUGCCGGACUCGCCGCCGAGGUCGCCCAUCUCUCUGCGUUCCUUCACCGGGGGCGACGAGCCGUACGUGUGCACGCUGGUCACGCCGCUCACGCCGCGGGACAUCGCCAACGGCAUCGACCGCCACUCGCGCUACCUCUUCCCCCUGGCCUUCAUCAUCUUCAACUGCAUCUACUGGUACGUCCUGACGUCGUCGUGAAGACGCAUCCUGACCGCACACGCCAUUGCGCCGCCGGUGCCAUCGGGUGCUCAAGACUCCCAACUCGAGUGCCGGACGACCGCGCCACGUGCCCGCCCGCAAGCACAAAACCCCGUGCCCUACACAGAGCCACCGAUUGUGUUCCGAAGUGCCGCAGAAAUGUCGCUCGUUGUUCCGGUGCUCACGGCCACGUGGAUGAGUGUUGCAUCUACCGAGUGGCGAAGAUUCGUAUAUCGGCGGGCUUUUCAUGAACAUCGUCAGUGUUAAGUACAAUGUAAAGCGUCAUCUCUCGUCGUCUUAGGAGACUGCUUUUAAUGUUGCGGAUGGGCUGACGUCGUUCACAUCUUCAUAAUCUUGAGCACAAACUCUUGACGAGACAAAUGUGAAAGCGUGAAGCAUUACACUAAGGAGCUUCGCGUCACGGGAUCUUCGCUACUUCAGUACCGACGCUUUCGGCGCCGGAUGACGCCACUCGGGCAUUUCGGUGCUCUGCGAAUCCCCGCUAACUCUGGUGCCGCUUUGUUUUUGCCUACGUUUUAUUUCGUAGAAGCUCGGCGAACUCGAGGCCGAAAAGGACAGUGUACGUUACAUUGCCUGGAACGCGUCUCCACCUGAUAUGUUUGGUGUUCUUAACCCUCCCGGGUGUCCAAGUGUACCCCACAUGGCAAUCAAAUGCUUCGAAGGAUCCGGCGGUUGGAAGUGACGGCUAAGAGCGGACUCGGGUGUCGGUGCCUUUACAGAAAAUUUAUAUCUGGCCAGAUCUGAUGUUUUCAGAUAUGGCACAUAUCAAAAAUUGGCCAGAUAUAACCUGGUAUGGUAUAUCUGCCAGAUAUAGCCUCAUAGCGCCAGAUAUGGUCUGAAAUCCCUGGCUAGGUAUCGAAAUCCCAGAUCUGGCUAAGUAUGUAAAUUCCAGAUCUGGCCAAACAUAUCAAAAGAAGCACACAAGCCUGGAAUUAUAUCUUUUUAUUAUCUACAAUUCUUUCAAAAUGGGUUUCCUUAGGGAGCCUUCAUGUGCGCUUUGCUAGGGUGAUGCCACCCUUUGUAAUACCACUCGCCGACAAACCAGCAGCCAUUUUGUUCCUCGGCGAUAAUCCGUGGGGCUUAUAACCCUCCCGGAAACAAGCACCUUAUCUCAGAAGUUCGGAGCAGCGUUGUGGAACCCCCGGAGGGAGGAUUAGCAUUUUCCCCCUCGGAUGGGAUUACCGAUGGACACAAAGGCCACUUUCCGGCACACGGGGAACAAUGAGGGGAACAAAAUGGCGGUGGAAGAGGGUGUGGGAAAGGGAAACAGGCAGUUGGCAUCACUCUAUGCGAAGCGCACAUGAAGGCACUCUAGGUUUCCUUCAAGUGCCCGGAUCCGCACUCGAGGAAUCAUGGGAACGGUGGUCCGUUAGCUGCCCAGUGAUCGGCCAUUUCGACAAAUCCCAUGGUUAUACAGUUUUGAGUUUAAUUCAGAGUCACCUUGAACAAGCGUCCUACAGAGCCCAAAGACUUGUCAUAUCACUUUUAAAAUCUCUCGUCAAUGUCAGCGUUUAUGACACUAUGCAUGCGAUCAACCUUUUAACCUGACUGAGCCGCAGAAAUCUCUUACAAUAUUUUCAUUUUCGUGAUUGCUGUUUUAGCAUAUGAAUUGAUUAAAAAGCCUAGAAAUCACAACAACCAAACCUAGGAUUUAGCUCGGAAUCAGUGGGGCUGUUUAUAGCAUUUUUAGUGUUUCUAACAUUAUAUCAGCGUCUUUGAAGCUGUACGAGAAUAAUAUUAAUGUAAGAGAUGUCUGGGCAGCUCAUCCAGCUUGAAGGGCGGACAGCAUGCACAGUAUUGAAACGCUGAGAUUGAUAAGAAAUUUUAAAACUGAUAUGACAGGUCCUUGGGUUCUAUAGGACGCUUGUUCAGGGUGACUGAAUUACACUCAGAAUGUGUAACCAUGGAAUUGGGCGAAGCUACCGAUCACUAUAGGAAGCUGAAGGAACAUCGUUCCCAUGAUUCCUCAAGUACGGGCCGGGGCGGUUGGGGGUUUAGCAAAUGGUCUAUUCGGACUUCACGUUAACAAUUAUAAAUAAUUAAGCUACGUUGAAAUUCUCGGGAAAUUUAGCACGAAUAUUCCCAAACUUAAGCUUGUCAAAGCUGAAGUUUGGGAUUAUUUGUGCUAAUAUUUAGCUCACGAACAAUGAGUCAUUUACAGUUUUCCAACAAAGCACUUUUUUUACCUGUGCUGUAAACUUGUUUAUAUAUUAAACACCGGGCGCCAGAUAAGGCUGUAUAUAUGCCAGAUAAGGCUGUAUAUACGCCAGAUUAGGCUGUAUAUAUUCCAGAUAAAACUUUAUAUUCGCUAGAUAAGGCUGUGUAUACGCUAGAUAAGGCUGUAAUAGGCUGUAAAUAAUCAUAUAAUGUUUGAUAUGGCAUUGCCAGAUAUGCCCCAGAUAUAAGAUUUCCCAACGGAUGGCUACGCAGCGAGCUAUACCCCGUGCCGACUGCGUCUACCGUAUCCAUCUCAGCUGCUCCACUGCCAGGAUCGCGAGGAUCCGUAGCGUUACCAAUUCUCUAGGGGACGCCUUCCAGGUAUCCUGGUGGACACUGGGCACGUUUUACAAGGAGGGACUAAUGAACCUAAUCUACACUAAAUAAGCUUCCAAAUUCAACGUUGCGAGCUCUAGCGCCACAACCUCUGAUCAGGUGGUGCAUUUAUUACCUGAAAACAUCGAAGUAAACGUUUACCUUAAUCAAAAGUUACAACUAAAACACAGGUCUUGCUAUGGUUCAGUACCAAGUUUAAACGUAGUCAAUUAAAUGAAAAAACACGUAUUCUUCUGGUUUAUUGGAGCGUUUUUUUUUAUUUUUAAAACAGGAAACGAGUGAAGUCAAAACUGUUUAAUUUACUCUGUUCACUUCUUGUUGCUUUUUUAAACAUUCUGAACGCUCGCCAGACGUUUUCUUUUUUUUUUUACAUCGACACACACAAAAGAGGCCUAACUCCUUGUUGGCCCUUAAAAGUUGUGGUUUUUAGUUGUAAAUUUUAUUUAAAAAAGGCUUGCCCUUUAAUGUUAAAAAGAAAUAACUGCACCACGCAGCCGCAUUUACGUGCGACACUACAGUGGGGGAGCAGGAUAGAUUGAUUUUUUUAAAUAUAUUUAUUUAAAACAGAUUAAACUAACUUCGCCUUCGGUGUGCAGGCUUGUAAUGUAUACGCGCAGGUAUUCAGCAUCGUACAAAUAUCUGAGAGGAGUUAGGAGGUUUAACGACAUUAAAAAAAAGCGCCACAGUUUUUUUUUUUUUUUUACAUUCUUAUGCGGUCUUUGGGAUUCAGUACUGCUUAGUCUCUAAGAUUCAGUAAGAAAACGAUCUAGUCAGCCACCAGGUGGUUCGUAACAAGACCGGUGUGAUGUACGAAAGCAAGCCACGCCUGUACAAUGAUGUCGCUCGAAAUACAGCCAAAGAUGGGUCCCCACUUGAACGCCCAACAACAUUGGUGCUGUCUUAAGUAAAACAAUAAAAAAAAAGAAUAAAAAAAAACUAUCGCAAGGUAGCGUUAGUGUUCGGUAGGAAAGCUGCCGAUGAGGCCAGCGCUGGUUAGUCCCGAGGAAAAAUAUUUCGAUUCCGCGAGAUUUCGAUUUCGACAUUCGAAGGCGCACAUCACAAAUCCGGAGUUUGCACGCGCAGUCUCAGAUUUGUAUAUUCCUAUAUCACGGGCCAUCGUGCAAUUAUACGUAUAAAAAGCUUCGUUUUAGAAAACGACUAGCUUGAAUAUUACUCCGGUAAUAUUUCUCCGUGAAUAUCGUUUCCUCCUACCAUUUUAUCAACCUCUUAGGGGACCGUUGAUGAUGCUCAGCAUUCAGGGUCAAUGUUUAUUAGCUCUUAUUCAUUUCUAUGGUACACAAUCACAUCGUCACAUACAAUUUCAAGCGCAUCCUUGUUAUCAACGUCGACUGGAUAGCCAGAAUAUUAAGUGCUCUAUAAAGAUUUAGCGCUGAUAUAUUUUAUUCCAAAACACCGCGCAAUACACUCAAUGUUUUCUUACAGAAGCGUGUGUUUAUCUUAUAUCGCAACAUGCGCAUGCGUUCGCAAAAAAAAUGAAAUACGUGCAAUGACGCAAAAGGUGUGUUCCGUUUGAUUGAACCUUCGUACGUGUUUGUCCGAGCCGCUCAAUUAAGUGACAUGUUGGUGGAACUACGAAGAAAGAGUAUAUUUUGGGUUAUGCGCAUGAGGAAUCGAACCCAUGCUGCGGUAGUCAGAGGGACGUCGCAGGGGCAUACUUUCGCCAAGACUCACUGUGAACUUUGCUCAAACGGUUCGGAGUUUUUCUACUAGUUAUACUGUUCUGCGUGUUGACAUAUUGCCGGACUUAUUUGUAGAUUUCUAAUAAAGUCAAUUUAUGCACCGUU